CUGGGAAAGUGCACGAAAGUUGAAAAGUUGAAUAAUAUUGAAAAUUUGAAAACUUUAUUUUGAAAGUUAUUCUUGUUGACCUCACCUUACUGCAUUAAUGGGUAACAAUUGAUAUUCAAAGAAUGAAAGUGAACGAAGGUGGAAAAUACUAAAUGUUGAAAUAUCAUGACACGAUUGGGUCACAGCAACCAGACAACAAGGGCGCCAAACCAAGAAUGUUCUUAGGAUAUUAACAAUCAAUAGACAACUAUAGACUAGAGAACCAGCAGCUUCUCCCAUUUCAUUGGAACACAUGUAUAGCACGUUAUCAUACUCAAAUGAUAAUUAUCAUGGAAUAACCAGAUUGAUCUUAAUGAGCUCAAAAUGAGAACCUAACAGACUUUAUAAAGUGCAUAAAAUGAGGCUUAAUCCUAGGUGGUGAUUUGGAUUGAUCAUGCAAUAGAAAAGGGCUAUUAGAUAUGUCAAUUUUCCCAGUUAUUUUAAACAAGCAAUAUCCUGAUGUGCUGAGCCUGACAUAUCCCAUAGUGGUUACACUAAGUAGCUUUUUGAAGUAACAGAUCUGUAGAUGAACACGCAGUUUUGAAAUCUUCAUAAUAGAACCACCACAGCUGUGAUGCAAUUGAAGAUUUGAAACCUUUAGAAUCAGACAGCUAAGACUUGUUAACCUGAACACAGGUCAGCGAACUAGUAGCUAAGAAAUAAUUAACAGCAUCAACAUAUUUAGUAAUAAUCGAAUGAGAAUGGCGAAGUGGAACAUUUCGUUAUUAAAGGUAAUCUGAAGAGCGGCAAAUGAAGGAAACUAAGGGACACUAAUUACAUAUACAUAUACACUACACAUACACAUUCACAGAUGUGUCUUUAUCUCUCAUGUAAUAGAUUACGUACAGAAAAUCAGAUUACAUGAAGUACAGGAAAGUAAUUUCACCCUAUCAUCUUACAUAAUAGAAGUCAUCUGUUCAUUGAUAGUUUUAUUCACAUCAAUAAGGAGUUAAUAUAAACUGGUAGCACAUGGAUUUACUCUCACCAAUAAGUGAUAGAUGAACGGAAAUGCGAAGAUAAUUUGUUAAUAGACACCAAUAAUUUGAUGGUUGGAAAACCACCAAAUUUUUAUAAAUAUCAAGUUCCAGGAAGUAAAUAGCAUUCCCAUGACAACAAAGGUGUAAUGUCUAAAAUGAAACUAUAGGAAUUAUUCUGAGAACGCAUGUAAAUGCUUAGAACAAUUAGAUAUUGAACUUGACAAACUGUUUAUGGACCAUCAAUAUUUAAUGUCUACCUUGUCCAUGCAAUUAAGCAAAGUCCCAAGAUAUGCAUGCCAGAUGAACUAACAUUAUGUCCAGAUGUCUUCAGCUGUACACAAUCAUGUUCAACAAGGACUUUCAAAACCUCACACAAAUGGGAUAAGUUACCUAAAUGGAAAUCACAUGAGAAAACAAACUUUAAAACAGAUCACCUCAGAUGGUAAAAGAAUAUUGCUACAAAGACCGAGGCACCUUAUCCAUUUACAAACAAACAGGAUCCACUUGAACUGUUUAUUAAUUGAUAUUCAGGUAGAUUUAUAUGACGCUUCAUACAUACAGGAUACAACUAAACUUUAUAUGUAUAUAGGAGCCAUAUAAAAAGUUAUUGAUUUGAGUACACCAUUAGAUCAUUGUGGACGAAUUCUAAGUAAAACAACACGGAACACUGGAAAUAUGAUCAGAUGGAAACCAAGGAUAAUGAAGGAACUAUAAAAGUGUGGUUAAAAAGACAUUUUAUUGAUCUGACAUUUUAUAAAGUGGAAGGUCAUAUUGCAUUUCUUUAGAAAUGUCAUGGAGUGUACAUACAGUACAUUGAAUAUUAACAGUUGGCAAAAGGUUCUCAUAAAAUGCAGAGUAAACAUGUUUAAAAUGAUGUAAAGUAUAUCGUGAAAAAACAUAUUACAACUGUUAACUUUGGCAAAGUUUUGCGAAUCAUACGUUAUAUUACUACAAUGGCAGACUUUGGAUAUUUAUCAAACAAUACUACAAUGGAUGUGACUUUCGACAUGCACCAGAAUUAUUCUAAUUCAACACAAUUACCGACUCCUCCAUAUUGGGAUCCUAUAGCAACAAUUAUCUUGUCAGUUUUAAUGAUAAUAUUCAUCAUACUGACAGUUCCAGGAAAUAUGAUGGUCCUCAUAGUGCUAAUGAAACACAAAGGAAUGAGAACAAGAACAAAUCUGUUCCUGGGAAAUCUUGCCAUAGCAGACUUAGCCGUAGGCCUACUGAACAUGCCUUUCUCAUUAACAACUGUCAUCAAAGGACAUUGGAUCUUUGGCGAUGUUUUAUGUAAGAUAAAUGGCUUCGUUAUGCCUUUAUUUUUUGUGACUUCAAUCCAUACUCUGAUGUAUAUUAGUGUCCAUAAAUAUAUUACGAUUCUGAAACCAUUCAGUCAAGUAAUGACAACUUGUAGGAUAUUAAUGAUGAUUGGUGCGACAUGGUUAUGGGGUGGCAUGAUAGGAUUCACCACUCUGUAUGCCAUGAACAAGGUCAUUUACAAACCAUUUGCAACCCAAUGUGGGCCUGAGUAUCCCCAUGACCUAAUUACCUACAUCCAUGCCAUCUUGACCUCUGGCACUGGUAUCCUGAUCCCAUUCAUCGUCAUGACAGUGACAUAUAUCUGCAUUUUCCGGGAGAUCAAGCGCUAUGGGGUACGCCUAGAGAAGAAUACGAAUCAAGAGAAGGCCACAAUCCUAGCCCAGCAGAAGAGAAUUACAAUGACAUUGUUUAUCGUGGUUGCGUGCUUUGUAGUCUGUUGGCUGCCAUACUUUCUCUAUUCUAUAUACGCCUCCAUCAUCAAGGACAAAUCGAAGAUACCACAUAACCUGAAUGCUAUUGUAUAUUGGGCCGGUUACUUCAACAGUUGUCUGAACCCCAUCAUAUACGCAUUCCGGAGUCCAGCAUUCAGAGAAGGUUACAAAGAUAUUAUGUUCUCCAAGAGCAGUUAUCAGCUCACUGACGAUACCCUGAUGGACAGCAGCUCACAUCUGUUCAAAAGAUUUGGGACAUUGCUGAGAAAAUCAUUUAGUAGGACCACCAUCACCAGCUCCAACGGUUCCUCUCUACAUAAUAGUAGCUUUAGACAUGUAGGACAUAGACCCCGAGCCCCAUUCCUUCACCAUAAGUACAGGACGGCAUCAUUGCCUGCGUUAGUUAUUGAGAAAGGUCGUAAUUCUGUUCUUGUUCAUGAUCAGGGGAAGCCUUAUAGAAAAGCUUCACAGAUCGUCGGUCGCAAUGCCCCUACUCAGAUGAGUGGUCAUGUAUCUCCAAAUGUCUAUUAUCCAAAUCAGUUGGAAUUAGAACCACUGCGUGGUGUGGCUAAAAAGUCAGAUGAUAUGAAUGACAUUGCUUUGGAUGAAGUUUUAGUUGAUAAUGUUCAUGCAGAUGUUCAUGAAGAUCACACAUUUGCCUUAAUGGGUCAGGGAGACCAAGUUUCUAUUUCAACAGGUGAUAGCAGUGUAUUCCAGAGAGAGAAAUCCAACAGUAACAUUGUGGACACAGAAUGUGGUAUUUAUAAUAGUGAUUUGUUCAUUCAGCCUACAGAAGCAACAGAUAAUCAAAACAGUCAAAAGCCCAAGGGGCGUUCAAAUUCAUUAUUCAAAAAUAUCAGCUACAGACUCCAAAGACAUUUUAGUUAUGAUGUAGCAUCAUCAAAGCCUCAAAAGCCUGUUUUGUUUUCAUACAGUGAUGGAUCAUCUGAUGAGAAUAUCUUACAAGACAAUAAAGACCAUGAAAUGGAAGUUAUAAAUGGUAGAAGAAAGCUUAAAAGUGAAUCAGAUCUAAACUCUGCUAGACCUUGUGAUAUUCUAUCAAUCUCAAUAGAGAAUCUUGACAUUCCUUGUAAUUUAAGAAAAAAAUCAAAUAAAACCUCAGAGCCUUCAAGUAAUGGAACGCUGAAGAGUAAAAACCGUAAGAAUCAUCACCAAAAGUUACGCAAAACUCAAAGUGAAGCUUAUGAACAUGAAACUCUAGCACCAUUGAGAAUGCUGCAUUCUGUAGAAUGUUUAAAUUCGGACUCUGUACGUGACUAUGAAAUGGUAGAUAAUUCUGAUUUGAUUGACAGUGAAUGAUCAGCACAAUUAUAAUUUACCUAACAAAGUAUUAAAUAAAGUGACAAGUGGUGUUAGUAGUAAUAGCAUCAGGCCCGUAGCCAGGAUUUGCCAAAGGGGUUCACUUUUUGAAAAAUUCAAGGGGGG